AGAAACCAAGCACAGCUCGGCAGCAGCGUUGGUGCUUUGGGGGAACACACACGAGUAAUAAACAGGAACAUUUCAGGCACACUGACGAGCGGACUGUUCGUACCGCGGCUUGGGAGCAGAGACGGAGAUGAAGAUGGCAGCAUAACGUUAGCCAAACAUCAAGAGUUUAUGUUUUUAUUUCAUUUUAAAGUUAUCUAUUUGUUUUAGGCAACCUCUUAGUGUUUUUGUGUGUGUUUUUUUAUUGACUUGAGUUAUAAUGAAGGGCUCCCAUCCUGCUUUUUUGAGCCGGAGGAGGAGGGAGUACAGCGGGGUGGCCGGGCUGCUGUAUCCGCUGCUCGGUGCGUGUCUCUGGGCUUCGGUGGUCGGGUACAAGCCGGUGGUCAUCGUCCACGGUUUGUUCGACAGCUCAGGGGAUUUUAUACAUUUACAGCACUUUAUUAAUGAGUCUCACCCUGGAACAAAUGUUACAGUCAUCGACUUGUUUGACGGCAGUUCCAGCCUGCAGCCCAUGUGGAAGCAGGUGGAGGGGUUCAAGACAGCUAUUUACCCAAUAAUUCAAAACGCAGAAGAUGGGGUCCACUUUAUCUGCUACUCUCAAGGUGGGCUGGUUUGCAGAGGAAUCCUCUCCACUCUCUCUGACCACAACGUCCAGUCUUUCAUCUCUCUGUCCUCGCCUCAGGCCGGGCAAUAUGGAGACACAGACUACUUGAGGUACCUUUUCCCACAGUUUGUGAAGUCCAACCUCUUCCACAUCUGCUACACGUCGGUGGGUCAGAGGAUCUCCAUCUGCAACUACUGGAAUGACCCCCAUCACAGAGACCUCUAUGUGAACAGCAGUGACUAUUUGGCUCUGCUCAACAGCGAGAAACACAACCCAAACUCAACAGAGUGGAAGAAGAACUUCCUCAAGAUCAAAACACUGGUUUUGAUCGGAGGACCAGACGAUGGAGUCAUCUCUCCCUGGCAGUCGAGUCAGUUUGGAUUUUAUGACGACAACGAAACUGUCGUUGAGAUGCAGCAUCAAGAUUUGUAUUUAAGAGAUGUUUUCGGUCUGAAGACGCUGGCGGCUCGAGGAGAUCUGAUCAUCUGUUCAGUUCCCGGCGUUGAACACGUGCAUUGGCACUCGAAUGACACGGUGUUCCACAUGUGCAUGGAGAAAUGGCUGGUGUAGAGCAAACCUCUUUAGCAGCAUACUCACACAGAUACACACACAGAGUUACACACCCUGCAGUCAUGUAAGCUCUUAACUUCCACCAUGUAUGAAAGGCCGCUGUGAAGUAUCCUCGCAAACAUUUGUGAGCGUACUCUCGAGGAUAAAAUCAAAUUGUUUGGAUUCCAGUUCUUAGAGAUGACUCGUAAUUAUGCUCUCUGCUAGAGAGGUUUGUGUUCGAUACAUUUAGAUGUUUAUGGUCAUCCUAGAAACUACUAGGUUACUUUAAAGGGAAUAAUUUGAUUUUUUGGAAGUACACUAAUUUGCUAUCUUGCAGAGCAUUGAUACCACUAUUAUGACUCUACAUGAAAUAUGUCGCUAUAAGCAGCAGCUGGUUAUCUUAGCUUGGUAUUGAGACUGGAAACACGGGGACACGGAUAGCCUGGCUCUGUCCAAAGCUCACUCCUCCUACCAGCACCUCUUACGUUCAAUAAUGAACGUGUUCUAUGUUGUUUGUUUUAACUCUACAAGAACUGAAGUGUAAAAGGAGGUUAUGUGCUGUACAAUUUCUUGGCUAGAUGCAGUUACGUAGUCUUAUCGUCACAGUGAGGUUGCCGGGCUACCAGAAGAAACUCCAGAGAGGUACCGCUCAAAUCCAAGAAAUAAAACACCAUCGAACCACAUAAGUUAAACAAACGGGAUAUAAUGUGUUAAUUGGUGCGCUUUAGAGAUGCUGGUUGCCAGAUUAUUUAUCUUUGCACAGAGCCGGCUAGCUGUUUCCCUCUGUUGUCAGUCUGUGUACAUGCAUAUAUGUGUGUAUAUAUAUAUAUAUAUAUAUAUAUAUAUAUAUAUAUAUAUAUAUAUAUAUAUAUAUAUAUAUAUAUAUAUAUAUAUAUAUAUAUAUAUACAUACACACACACAUACUUGAUAAAGGUUUAAGUAGGUUUAUGUUAUUACAGUCAGCAACGGUAAAGCAAAUCAUACAUUAAAGGAGCAGUCCAGCAAUUUAGUAUUGCAUUUCAGUAAAGUAUAGGAGAAAAAGAAUUGUCAAAAAUCUAGCAGCGGCUGAAGACAGAAGACGUUUCCCGUAUUUUCAGUGAAAGCGAUGCCCACGAACAUACAGUAUAUAUCCGUGUGUGUGUGUGUCUGUGCUUGGUCACACAUACCUCAAAACACAGCACCACACAACACAACAGUGCCUGAGCGACGUUCUGUCAUCGUGUCUUCAUGUACAGAUUCACUGCCCUGCUCAUUGUACGAUGCAGUAAUUUAUAUAUUUUUAUUCUUCCAUUUUUAACCGGAGGUGGGUCAUGUUUUUUAAGUGUAAUUGUGAAUAUCAUGUUUAUUAUUAUGUCCGUGCAGUGCUUUGGAGCUUUAGUAGAUUGAGCUUUAAAGUUUCCCCUCAUACCUCAGUGUUUCAUGUCCCAUACCAAAGUGCUACAACGCACUGCCUUUAGUGACGGUGCUAAAACAUAAUGAUAUGGAGGGGUGGCCUGAGAUUUGCCUGGAGAUUGGCAGUGCUAUAUUAGUGUUUACUUGUCGACCAGACUAUUGUACGUGGCGCUCUUUACCCCCCCCCCCCUUCGCAUUUAGAUAUCUCAGGCGUUUGAGCAACCUUCAUGUUUGUCCAUUUGUUGGAAAAGGGAUUCCUCUCAACUUGUUGCAUUUUGUUGGAUGUUUAUGUAUUUUAAAGAUGUUUCUCAAAGACAAACAAAGAUAAGGAAUGGAAAUAUCUAAUGUGUGAUAAAACAAGAAGUGAAUGUCUAUUUUAAUUGGUGAAAUAGUAAUCAUUGCACCAGUUUUUAUUUUUUUAAAGGGAAAUGAUGAAGAUGGGAUGAUUUUAACUGUUUUGAAGUUGUAGAUAUACAGUAUUAUUUAAAUAUUGUUGCAUCCUUUGUGUGCUUGUAAGUUAAUUAACCCAACUGCAUAAACUGUGGAUUUAAGGAAUAUCCUCUCUGUUCAGUUUUCUUGCCAAUAAAACAGUAAAUGUGGUUAAGGAAAAUUUUCUAAAAACUAUUUUGACUCCUACAAUUUCUAAAAGUCUCUUUCGCAAAUGAAAAUGUGUGAAAUGUUGUCAAUUCCUCAAUAAAAGACAGUUUUGAACAACA